UAGGUGGAAUUAAAAGAAAAGAAAAAGCAAAAAGCAGAAAGCAAAAAAGAAAAGCCACCUGGCAGCGCAGAAGCACGAAAUGGAGCACCCCCACCGCAUAUAAAAAUCUGCGGUUUCCUUCUCCAUUUCACCUUCCUCAUUGGAAUCGAAACCACGCCAAUUAUCAAUUUAAUUUUUCACCCAAAAACACACACACAUACACAACGCGUACUGACCGUCCACCACUCUUAGGGUUUUCUUUCCGCACAAUCCAAGCCAAGAACAAAUAUUCCAAUUUCCGUUUCGGAGUUUUUCAUUUUUUAUCGUUUUGCGUUUCUCUUGCCAAUGGCGAAGAAGAGGAAAUCCGACGCGACGCGACUGGACGAGGUGGAUCGGGGCAUGUACACCGCUUUCUGCGGCGCCGCCAACUCCCUCUCGCAGCUCUACUCCCAGGCCGUCAACCACCAGCGCCUCUCCUUCCACGCCGGCGAACGCCACGCCAUGGAGAAGCUUUAUAGCUGGCUUUUAAGGCAGCAAGAAAAUGGUAUUAGAGUGAUGCCCGGUGAUAUACUCGCCUAUGUGCAGAACGAACUCGAUUUUGGGAUGGAGGAGACUCCAUCUUUGCCGCUCCUCAAUCAGCAACCUUCUCAAACUGCAAUGCUAUCAACUCAGACAGGAAUCCCAGUAUCAAACGUAUUCGGCCCUUCAGCUGCUGGACAAGGAUUGCGCUCUGGCAACUCGGACCAAACUAAAAACACAGUAUUCUCUAACGCCCUCUCCAGUCCUGUACGUCGGAGCCUCCAGCACUACCACCUGUCGCAGGGCGGUCAGUAUGGAAACAACGCUACACGCAGCAAUGAUUGUAGUGGCAACCAAACCAGAGAUCCUAACCCCCCUAGCUCUAACGAUACAUCGAUGGAGAUGCAUGCCGACAGCCCUGGCCACGACUCACCUUACUAGAUUCAUCUGCCCUCUAGAGAGUCAAGAACGCCCUCUAGAGGGCAAACAAGACAGCAAAUUGUAGUUAAGGAAUUGAUGAUACUAACUCAAAAGUGUGCACAUGGUUGAAUGAAAGUGUAAGUGAAAUUCUCUUGAUAUUGGAGGUUUCUUUUCGUGCUGAUAUUUA